AUGGUGAAUGUAAACCCUAGAUACGACCGCUAUGCACAUCUUACCGCCCCCAGAGAAAAGGUGUUGGAAAGAGCUCUACAAUCGAACCUCAUCUUCCAAAGAAGAAAAUUUCCACCAAAAAAUGUGGAUGCAACACAGAUAUGCCGAUUCCAUAAUUCGGGGGGACACACUACUGAAGGCUGCCAAACUCUCAAGGACGAAAUAGAGAAGCUAAUUCGUGCCGGACAUCUUCGGGAGUUUGUAAAGGAAGAUUCCGGCCGCGCGGGACACUCUCCCAGAAAGACACGAAAAAACCCGGAACAUGCCAAACGAAAAGGUAAUCACUCACGCGACCAUUCUCGUAGUCCCCCGAGUCACAAAUCCCGUAGUCGACCCAGAGAGCGGGAACCUAUAGUUAAAGGCAGGAUUGAUACCAUCUCAAGCGGUUUUGCUGGAGGAGGUGCUUCAUCCUCAACCCGAAAGAGACAUUUGAGAAGUCUGCGCAGUGUACACUCAGUAAUACGCAAUCCGGCGUCAAUGCCGGACAUAACAUUCACAAACAGAGAUUUUCACGCACCAGAUCCUGAUCAAGACGACCCCAUGGUCAUCACCGCCCGCAUUGCACAAUACGAUGUGAGUAAAGUCCUCGUCGAUCAGGGUAGUUCAGUCAAUAUAUUAUACUGGACAACCUUUCGAAGAAUGGAAAUCUCAGAAGAUAUGAUUGCUCCGUUUAACGAGCAAAUUGUUGGUUUUGUUGGAGAAAGAGUAGACACCCGGGGGUACAUCGACUUACGAACCCACCUAGGGUCCGAUGAUGAUGGUAAAGAGCUCAGAGUUCGUUUCUUGCUAGUAGAAGCAAACACGUCCUAUAAUGCCCUUCUAGGACGCCCUUGCCUAAAUGUUUUUGGGGUAAUCGUGUCUACCCCACAUUUGGCAAUGAAAUUUCCUACGGACAAGGGAAAUAUAUGCACCGUCUGGGCAGAUCAGAAAACCGCUCGCCAAUGCUACGUAGCUGGUCUAAAGAUCACGCCUUACAAAAAAUGA